CUAGGAGAAUUGGACUCCAGAGCACCUCUCUCUCCCCUGAACCCGGUCGCCGCUUGUUCCUACUUCCAAGGUUUAUAACACACAAAACCCCAGUGCAGCAACCUCCAGAACCUGUUGACCAAAAAAAAAAAACCUCCAGAAUCCGCCGUGUGUCUCUUCCACUUGGUGACUCACCCACAUUCUCUCUCUCUCAUAUAAAAAUACAAGCGUAGAGGGUUGCACGUCGACAGUAGCGAUUGAAUGUGGGCGUUACAGAAAAUCAUCUAUGCUCUCGCUCUCCCUCCUGCCUUAUCGUCUUCGUCUCCAGCCCUCGUUUCCGGAACCUUCCUCUUUCUCAGGUCCUCCUCUCCUUCGUACGCAUACACAGCCAAACCUCGCUUUCUCUCGCUCUCUUUCUCCUCUUCCAUUUCUCCCUCGCAUUCGACCAUGCCUUACAACCAGAGAAGGGGCGGGCUUAGAGAACAAAAGUGGACAGAAAAACAAAAGACUGACAGCCAACCAACCUCCACAGGGGAUUCAUCAGCAGCUACUGUGGAAGUUGCCACUAACAGAGUUGGCGGAUUGAGUCUCAGUGGAAGCAGUGGGCAGACCAAUGCUUCAGUUAAACCCAUACAGUUUGGGAAGGUCCAGUCGGUAAAUCAGGGUCCAGUCCAAGGUCAGAAAGGAAUCUGGAUUCCUAAAUCAUAUUCAACAGUCAGUGGAGCUAAGACAAUUGAAGUUGAAGCACCUGUUGAUAAAAGUACAGUUGGAAUCCUGGGCAAUGGAGCUGGACAAGCAGCAGAUAAAAAAACCAGUGUUGGUUUAAGUAAGUUGUUCAAGGGUGACCUGUUGGAAAAUUUUACUGUGGACAACUCCACGUAUGCUCAGGUGCAAGUGCGCGCUACUUUCUAUCCCAAAUUUGAAAAUGAGAAGUCAGAUCAGGAGAUAAGGACAAGGAUGAUAGAGAUGGUAUCUAAUGGCUUGGCUACCUUGGAGGUUUCACUUAAACACUCUGGGUCUCUUUUUAUGUACGCUGGUAAUAAGGGUGGGGCAUAUGCCAAAAACAGCUUUGGGAAUAUAUAUACUGCUGUAGGUGUAUUUGUUCUUGGACGGAUGUUUCAGGAGGCAUGGGGACGUGAAGCAGCAAAAAUGCAAGCAGAGUUCAAUGAUUUUCUUGAGAGGAACCGUGUGUGCAUAUCAAUGGAACUCGUAACUGCUGUUCUAGGAGACCAUGGACAGCGCCCUAAGGAAGAUUUCGUUGUAGUGACAGCAGUCACAGAUUUGGGCAAUGGGAAGCCAAAGUUCUACGCAACCCCUGAGAUAAUUGCUUUCUGUAGAAAAUGGCGUCUACCGACAAAUCAUGUAUGGCUGUUCUCAACAAGGAAAGCAGUGACAUCAUUUUUUGCUGCCUUUGAUGCUCUCUGCGAAGAAGGAACUGCAACACCUGUAUGCAUAGCUCUUAAUGAAAUUGCAGAUAUAUCUAUACCUGGUUCAAAAGAUCAUGUAAAGGAACAGGGUGAAAUCUUAGAGGGUAUUGUUGCUCGUAUUGUAAGCCAGGAGAGCUCAAAACACAUGGAGAAAGUCCUGAACGAUUUCCCUCCUCCACCAAUGGAUGGAGUUGGUCUUGAUUUGGGACCUAGCGUAAGGGAGCUUUGUGCUGCAAAUAGGUCGAGUGAAAAGCAGCAAAUAAAAGCGAUUCUUGAGGGUGUUGGCUCCUCUUUUUGCCCUGACCAUUCAGACUGGCUUGGAACUGGAGCUGGUGAUGCCCAUUCCAGAAAUGCAGAUAAUAAAUUGGUGCUAUCAAAACUUUUACAAUCUCAUGCUGCUGAUUUUUCUACCACCAAAUUGCAGGAAAUGGUUCGUUUGAUGAAAGAGAAACGUUAUCCUGCUGCCUUUAAAUGUUACUAUAACUACCACAAAAUUGAUUCCAUAUCAAGUGACAACCUUUUCUAUAAAAUGGUCGUCCAUGUCCAUAGUGAUUCCGCAUUUCGACGUUACCAGAAAGAGAUGAGGUCAAAGCCAGGAUUGUGGCCUUUAUAUCGAGGUUUUUUUGUUGACAUUAAUUUAUUCAAGGCAAGCAAGGAGAGAGCUGCUGAGAUAGCAAAAGACAAAAGUAGCAUUGUGGAAGAUGUUAGCAGUGAUAUGCCCGGAAAAUAUGGAUUGGCUGAUGAAGAUGCAAACUUAAUGAUAAAAUUGAAAUUUCUUACAUAUAAGCUGCGAACCUUUUUGAUUCGUAAUGGUUUGUCAAUUCUUUUUAAAGAAGGUCCAGCUGCUUAUAAAGCCUAUUACUUGAGGCAAAUGAAAGUAUGGGGAACUUCAGCAGCAAAGCAGAGGGAACUCAGCAAGAUGCUUGAUGAAUGGGCUGUGUAUAUACGAAGGAAAUGUGGAAACAAACAGCUGUCGUCAUCAGUGUACCUCAGUGAGGCUGAGCCUUUUCUUGAACAGUAUGCAAAACGCAGUCCACAAAAUCAGGCUCUCAUAGGAUCUGCUGGAAACUUAGUAAGGACUGAAGAUUUCUUGGCCAUAGUUGAGGGAGGAAGAGAGGAAGAAGGUGAUCUUGAGAGGGACCGUGAGGUUGCACCAUCAAGCCCCCGUGCCUCAGCCAGGGACACCAUUCCAAAGGCUGAGGGUCUGAUUGUCUUCUUUCCUGGACUACCUGGUUCUGCUAAGUCAGCACUAUGCAAGGAACUACUAAAUGCCCCAGGAGGAAUGGGAGACGAUCGGCCAAUUCAAAGCCUGAUGGGUGACCUUAUCAAAGGAAGAUAUUGGCAGAAGGUUGCUGAUGAGCGCAGGAGAAAACCAUAUUCAAUAAUGCUUGCCGACAAGAAUGCACCAAAUGAAGAAGUAUGGAGACAGAUAGAAGACAUGUGCCACAGCACUAGGGCCUCUGCAGUUCCAGUUGUUCCUGAUUCUGAAGGAACUGAUUCAAAUCCGUUUUCGCUUGAUGCAUUAGCGGUUUUCAUGUUUCGGGUGCUUCAACGUGCUAAUCAUCCGGGAAACCUUGACAAGGAAUCUCCAAAUGCUGGCUAUGUGCUGCUAAUGUUCUAUCACCUUUAUGAGGGCAAGAGUCGCCGGGAGUUUGACGGCGAAUUAGUAGAGCGUUUUGGCUCACUUGUCAAGAUGCCAUUGCUGAAAUCUGAUAGGAAUCCAUUGCCCGAUCCUGUGAAGUCUAUUCUGGAGGAGGGAAUAAAUCUAUACAAGCUUCACACUGCCAAACAUGGAAGAUUGGAGUCGACAAAGGGAACCUAUGCAAAGGAGUGGGCUCAAUGGGAGAAACAGUUGCGGGAUAUUUUAUUUGGCAAUGCAGAGUAUCUUAAUUCUGUUCAGGUUCCCUUUGAGUCUGCUGUUAAGGACGUAUCAGAACAGCUGAGAAAAAUUGCACAAGGUGAGUACAAAACUCCAGAUACUGGGAAGAAGAAGUUUGGGGCCAUUGUUUUUGCUGCUGUUAGCUUGCCUGUUACGGAAAUCAGUGAUCUGCUUGAUAAUUUGGCUGCGAAAAAUGGUGAAGCUGGAGCUUUCCUUAAAGAAAAGCAUUUGGAGAAUCUUAACAAGGCCCAUGUUACUCUUGCACAUAAGAGAAGUCACGGUGUUACUGCCGUGGCUAGUUAUGGCACCUUCCUCCACAAAACGGUCCCUGUGGAUCUAACUAAGCUGUUCUUCUCGGAUAAAAUGGCUGCACUUGAAGCCAGCCUUGGCUCUGUUGAAGGAGAAAGAGUAGUAUCGAAAAAUGAGUGGCCACAUGUUACCUUAUGGACUGCAGAAGGGGUUGCAGCAAAGGAGGCCAACAAGUUACCCCAGUUGCAUUCAGAGGGAAAGGCUACCUGUAUUGCAAUUGACCCACCUGCCACCAUUGAUGGCACGCUGGAAUUUUUCUGAGGUUUGUAUUCAUUUUAGACACGUGAUGGACCAGACGAGGCCAGGCCAGAUUGACCUCGUACAAAUUCCUUUGAUGAUGCCAGUGUUCUAUGAAGAGAUAGCUUCACUGCUCAAAUGAAGGAGAAAAUUUUGUAUGUCAGGAGGAGAAGGAAAUUUUGACGAGUUGAUUCUAUUGAGAAGUUUUGUGUAUAUAGGCAAUUGAAGUUUUGAAAUUAAAAAAAAAAUAAAAAAUAAAAAAAUAGAAUAAAGGUCUCUCUCUCUCUCUCUCU